UGAAAAAAAAUUUUGGAAAACUUUCACGAGCAUUUUUUAUUGCAUGAAUUUGAUUUGAUUAGAUAUUCUUAUUUCGGAAAUUGAGUAUUCUAAUUGAGAACUGUUUUUUUGUAUGGUUGCUUGCACUCUCCUUACGGAUCAUAUUUGUUUACUGAAAGUUUGAAUUAUGACGGUGUAAUGGCGAUGUUCGCAAACAACAUUCUCAUUCUAGAUUAGAAUGAAAUAAUGGAUGAAGAUCGUGUUGGUCAAGAAUUCUCUGUUGAAAAGAUACUUGAUAAACGUGUACGAAACGGCGGUGUAGAGUAUUUCCUCAAGUGGAAAGGAUAUCCUGAUUCUGAGAAUACUUGGGAACCGCAAGAAAAUCUCGACUGUCCAGACCUAAUUCAAGAAUUCGAAUCGAAACGAAAAAAAGAAAUGCAGUUGCGUAAACAUCAAAGAAGAAGCCGCGAUACUAAAGCCAAGCCCUCAACUUCGAAUUCUCUUUUGACUGAAUCGGAAAUAAAAAAAGAAUGCAAUCCAGACUCAGAUUCAGAUAUGGAUCGUAUCAUUCAUAUGCAAAAACUGAGAAAAGAGAUGACAGUUCUGGAAGGUACCAGAACUCACGGAUUCGAACGAAAUUUAGAACCUGAUAAAAUAAUUGGAAUCACAGACGAAGGAAGUAGCGGCGAUUUACAUUUUUUGAUGACUUGGAAAAACUGUGACGAAGCAGAUUUGGUUCCAGCGAGAUUAGUAAAUGUUAGAUGUCCCCAAUUAGUGAUAGAAUUCUACGAGUCGAUGACAUUUUAACGAACAUUUUAUUGCAAAUACUGUGUUAAACAUGGCAAUUUCCAAAAUUGAAUCGGAGUUUCAAUUACUCGCUUUGGAAAUCCGUCAGCGUCACUUUCCUUUUGUAUCCUUGUGAUAUAUCAGCACGACUUUCUUUCUUAAUAGAUUUCAGAUGCACUCCUUGUAACAUUUCACUGGUGUUGGAAAAACAAUGUUACUUAUUUUACGUAUUUCAAAAACCGUGUAAACCAAUUAAUUUUUUUACCAAUAUUGUUCAUGCGUUACUCUAGGAUCACUUAAUACUCGCAUUUUCACGUCUUCUUGUUUUUUUCUUGUUUCUUCUUGAGCUAUUUUUGUGUAAAAAUCUUCUUCUAAAUUUUUAAAGUGAAUUUUGUAGUCCAUUUCGUUAACUGUUGACGGUUGCUAUAACAACUCAUAAAUAAUUUCAGUCUAGGUAUUCCACGUUAUAUUGUUUCAAUCAUCUUAUGUUAAAAUGGCGAUGUAUUAGAUUUUAAUCAAAAUUUUGCUCAAUUUUUUCUUGAAUCUGCAGUUGAGUUCAACUUGCCUUUUGAUUUUAUAACUCUCGAGUUGGUAAUAUUUUUCUCUUCAAAGUGUCCAUCUUUUUUGUAUAGGUAUUUGUAUUAUAUAUUUUCAUUUUUGACAAAUAAAGUUAUUAUUUUUGUGAAAA